ACUCAUAUUUCUUUCUGUUUCAUCUCUUAUUUCUCAUAUCUCUCAUAUUUUAUUUGAUCUCUUAUUUCUCUUCGUAUAUUCUUUUCGAGUGUGAUUAUGGCGGUUGAAUCUGAGAUUCUUUCAGAACCACCUUCAUCUAUUGAUGAAAAAACCUUUAACAAAACUCUCGAAUUCAUCGAAGAAAUGACCAAAAACACUGAUUCAGUUCAAGAGAGAGUUCUUGCUGAAAUUCUGGCUCAAAAUGCUGAGACAGAGUACUUAAAACGGUUUGGACUUAACGGUGCUACUGACCGUGAAAGUUUCAAAUCUAAGGUUCCUGUUGUAACCUAUGAUGAUUUGUUACCGGAUAUUCAACGCAUUGCUAAUGGUGAUCUUUCACCUAUUUUGUGUUCUCAUCCAAUUUCUGAGUUUUUGACAAGUUCUGGAACUUCUGCUGGUGAAAGAAAAUUGAUGCCUACUAUUCAUCAAGAAAUGGACCGUCGUCAGUUAUUGUACAGCCUGCUCAUGCCUGUCAUGAACCUGUAUGUGCCUAAUUUGGACAAAGGAAAAGCACUUCAAUUCCUUUUCAUCAAAGCAGAAACAAAAACUCCAAGUGGAUUAGUAGCACGUCCAGUUCUAACAGCCUAUUACAAGAGUGAACAAUUUAAGAAAAGACCAUAUGACCCUUACAAUGUCCUAACAAGUCCAAAUGAAGCCAUCCUUUGUCCUGAUUUAUUUCAAAGCAUGUACACUCAGAUGCUUUGUGGCCUAAUUAUGCGCCAUGAAGUUCUGAGAGUAGGUGCUGUUUUUGCUUCCGGGCUUUUAAGAGCCAUUAGCUUCCUUCAACUCAAUUGGGCCGAAUUAGCCCAUGACAUUUCUACCGGAACCCUAAAUCCCAAAAUCACAGACCCUGCAAUUAAAGAAUGUAUGUCCAAAAUCCUCAAACCGGACCCUGAGCUAGCGGAUUUCAUAACAAAAGAAUGUUCUGGUGGAAACAUGGAACGUAUAAUUCCGCGAAUUUGGCCUAAUACAAAGUACCUUGAGGUCAUUGUCACUGGGGCCAUGGCUCAGUACAUUCCAACUCUUGAUUAUUACAGUGGUAAUUUACCAAAGCCAUGUACAAUGUAUGCUUCAUCUGAAUGCUAUUUUGGGCUUAACCUUAAGCCAAUGACAGAACCAAAUGAAGUUUCUUACACAAUUAUGCCAAACAUGGGUUACUUUGAAUUUUUACCACAUGAUGACUCAUCACCCAUAACUCUCUCCCGCGACUCACCUCCUCCGAAACUAGUAGACCUUGCUGACGUGGAAAUCGGUAAAUCUUACGAGCUUAUAAUCUCAACUUAUUCUGGUCUCUGCCGUUACAGAGUUGGUGACAUUCUUCAGGUGACCGGGUUCCAUAAUGCCGAUCCACAAUUCAAAUUUGUGAGGCGAAAGAAUGUGUUGUUGAGCCUUGACGCAGAUAAAACAGAUGAAUUGGAGCUCCAGAAAGCGAUUGAAAACGCUUCUGAAUUGUUGAAAGAGUUCAAAACAAGCGUUGUGGAGUACACAAGUUUCGCGGAUAUAACAUCGAUUCCAGGACAUUAUGUGAUCUAUUGGGAGCUUUUAAUGAAAGAUUCUUCUAAUCAACCUAGUGAUGAAGUUUUGAAUCAAUGUUGUUUGGUUAUGGAAGAAAGUUUGAACACUGUUUAUAGACAAGGAAGAGUUGCUGAUAAUUCAAUUGGACCAUUAGAGAUUCGUGUGGUGAAAAAUGGAACAUUUGAAGAAUUAAUGGAUUAUAAUAUUUCUCGUGGCGCAUCUAUUAAUCAAUAUAAAGUUUCAAGGUGUGUGAGUUUUAAGCCUAUAAUGGAACUUCUUGAUUCUAGGGUUGUUUCUUUUCAUUUUAGUCCUUCUGCACCUCAUUGGACUCCAGAACGACGUCGUUGAAGGGGUGGAUUAACGUGUGUAACAUGCAAUCAUGCAUUACACUAGGUCUAUGGUCUAUAAUUAUAAUAAAGGGUAAAUAGGGAAUUUUGCUACAUGGAGAUGGUUGUAAUAAAACUGUGUAAGAAAGUGUGUUUGUGGUAAUUAACUUGUUAUGAUAUUCCCUGCCAAAUCUGAAAUUAUAAUAAAGUUUGUGUAGUUUUUGUUAA